GAAUCUGGUUUAAUAUUUUGAGUGGCAUCGGAAAGUUUUCAGUCAUAAUUAAUGCCUUUGUGAUUGCAGUAACUUCGGAUUUUAUUCCACGCCUUGUCUACCAAUAUGUGUACAGUCACAACGGGACCAUGCACGGCUUCAUCAAUCACACCCUGUCAUACUUCAACGUCAGCGACUUUAAGCCUGGAACCCAGCCAGAAAACUCACCAUUUGAAGAGGAGGUUUCAUUCUGCAGGUUUAAGGAUUACAGAGAACCUCCGUGGGCAGAAAGCUCAUAUGAAUUCUCUAAGCAGUAUUGGUCUGUUCUGUCUGCCCGCCUGGCAUUCGUCAUUAUCUUUCAGAACCUGGUGAUGUUCCUCAGCGUGCUUGUGGACUGGCUGAUCCCAGACAUCCCCAAGGACAUCAGCGAGCAGAUCAAGAAGGAGAAGAGCGUGCUGGUGGAUUUCUUUCUGAGGGAAGAGCAUGAGAAACUGAAGCUGAUAGAAAACUUUAUCUCCCGGGACAAACAAAGGAGUUGGAGUGAGAAGAAAAGGAAGAGGAGUCGGGCGGCCAGUUUCACCCAGUUCUACCGAAGCCGCCGUGGAAGCUUUACGUCUCUUAGUUCAAGACACAGCGAUGUAUGAGCCAUAUCUGAACCACUCGGAACCUUCCUGAAUACCCAUUGGGUUCCUCCGAGGAACGGCGAGAGCUGUAGUAACACAAAGGGAGUUCAGGGGUCUUCCCUGCUCACCCGUGGAAGUGGUGUCAAGGCACUUAGUAGAGCUAUGCCCUAAGACAAAAAAAAACACUGUCCUUAGGAAUGAAAUCUCAUACUUGUGUACCUGUCACACGAUCUCACCUUGGUGGCUGGGCGGAAGAGACCCGAUAGAGAUCUAGAAAAGCAGGUGUGGUUUUUCAGCACCUUCUCUAGGUUACAAACAUCAUGCUUUUAAUCACUUUAAGCCCCCACGCCGUAAAGACUUACCCGUUUGGUUGGGAACGCUGAUGUCGGGGGUGGUGGUGGGGGGUCUCUCAUUUCCGCGGUUCUAAAUCACUCUAGGUUCCUAAAUGUUCGGCUAAAGUCGUAACGUAGACGUGGGAGCCAACUCCCCAAGCUUGGCUGCCUUUGGCAGGAUUGCUGUUAUAAAAUUCACUUGGGGAUCUCCUGCUUGCCCUCUCUCUCUCGGAUGGAACCAGGGGUGAGAUUCAACCCGUUUGAACCAGUUCGAGCGAACCGGUAUCUCCGGCUAUUGGCUGGGAGCGAACAGGUUCACACCGACUUUCAGCUGGGCCUGCCUACCCACCCCUGCACUAUACUCACUUAUGUUCCCUUUUCUGACGCCCAGCUGACAGCCGCGGCCAAGUGGAUUUGCUGCGCCUCAGCUGUUUUCCUCCCCAGUAGUAAUGCGGAAGGUGAUUUCUCUGUAAACUGUGCAU